AUUAUUUUAUUCUCCGAAUUUCAUUCCAUAUCUUCAAUUUUUGAUAGCCGAAUCUUGCCUUUCAUAUCAUUUAUAAGGCAGAAAAACUUCAUACGCUUGUUUCUCCUAGCUUUUUGUUUGUCAAAGUUCUACUCGGUAGUUCUUUCACAGCCAUGUCGCGCCCCGAAGAUACUCUACCACCUGAUCUCUUCUACAAUGACAAUGAAUCUCGAAAAUACACUACCUCUUCUCGCAUUCGCAACAUCCAGUCUGACAUGACGAACCGAGCUCUUGAGCUCCUUGAUCUUCAGUCUCCUUCACUAAUUCUCGAUGUAGGCUGCGGUUCCGGUCUCUCUGGCGAAAUUCUAUCUCAAGCGUCUCCCGAACAAGGCGGACCGCAUAUUUGGAUCGGCAUGGACAUCUCCCCUAGCAUGCUUGAUGUGGCCCUUCAACGAGAUGUAGAGGGUGAUCUUUUCCUAGCUGAUAUCGGGCAAGGAGUGCCGUUUCGACCGGGAACAUUUGAUGCUGCCAUCAGCAUAAGUGCCAUCCAAUGGCUCUGCAAUGCGGAGACUAGCGAAGUGAGCCCUGAAGGCCGACUACGGCGAUUCUUCGAUGGUCUUUAUGCCAGUUUGCGUCGCGGUGGGCGCGCCGUUUGUCAAUUCUAUCCAAAGAAUGAUGCCCAGCGAAGUAUGAUCAGCGGCGCUGCUAUCAAAGCAGGUUUUGGGGCCGGUAUUCUAGAAGACGACCCGGGGACGAAGAACAGUAAACUUUACCUAGUACUCACCGUUGGAGGAGGUGGGUUACAAGGCGAUAUUACAGGCGUCGUGGACGGCAUGGAAGAUGUGGAUGUCUUAGAUGCCAGGAAAAAGGCAAUGGCCAAAGAGAAGGCAACCCCAGCCAGGAGAGGCGACAGAGCCUGGAUUCUGAGAAAGAAGGAACAAAUGGCACGAAAAGGGAAAAUUGUCAAACCAAAUUCGAAGUACACCGGAAGGAAGAGACGUCCAGCUUUCUAA